AUGAUUACAUCAUUUACAUCCUCUCAAGCUACAUUCAUAUCUGGCGUUGUUGCAUCUCUUCUACUUCUUGUUGCGCAUGCCGGCAAUUUCAACCAAGAUAUCGACGUCUAUUUCGGAGGUCCUCGGGCUAAGUUUCUUCAGGGUGGCCAGCUUCUCACCUUAUCUCUUGACAAAUCUUCAGGUUCAGGGUUCGUAACCAAGAACGAAUAUUUGUUCGGGCGAUUUGAUACGCAACUCAAACUCAUCCCGGGCAAUUCCGCUGGCACUGUCGCCACAUUCUAUUUAUCAUCACAAGGAAAUGCCCACGACGAAAUUGAUUUCGAAUUCCUCGGAAACUCUUCAGGGCAGCCUUACACAGUUCACACAAAUGUAUAUGCUCAGGGAAAAGGUGGGAAAGAGCAACAGUUUCGCCUCUGGUUUGAUCCAACCGCGGCCUUUCACACUUACUCCAUUGUUUGGAACUCCCAGAGAAUCAUGUUCUUGGUGGAUAACAAUCCGAUCAGAGUGUUCAACAACGAUGAAUCAAUUGGGGUGCUUUUUCCUAAGAAUCAGCCCAUGAAGGUCUACUGCAGCUUAUGGAAUGCUGAUGAUUGGGCUACACAGGGCGGCCGGGUCAAGACGGAUUGGGCUAAUGCACCAUUCUCUGUUUCUUACAGGGAUUUCAAUGCCAAUGGUUGUGUCAGGGCACCUGGUUCGUCGACCUGUGGGAAAACAAAUUCUGGAAACAAUGAUCAGUCAUGGCAGACUAAGGGGCUUGAUGCCAAGGCCCGAAGCAGGAUGAAGUGGCUUCGAGACAGCUUCAUGAUCUACAAUUAUUGUGCUGAUCGUUCCAGGUCCCCUCAAGGCAUUCCUCCCGAGUGCAAGCAGCAGUAA